CCUAACAACAGGCGCGCUGCCACGAUUAUGGCGGCGACGAACAAAGCCUUAACGGCCACUCGGUUCUCCGACCUCAAACCACCGCUCUCUCAGCCAGUUCUCGAAGCUUUGACUAAUGGAGGCUUCGAUUUCUGCACGCCAGUUCAAGCAGCCACCAUUCCAUUGCUUUGCAGCCACAAGGAUGUCGCCGUCGACGCCGCCACCGGCUCCGGGAAAACCUUAGCUUUUGUCGUCCCUCUCGUCGAGAUUAUCCGCCGCUCUUCUCCUCCUAAACCUCACCAGGUAAUGGGCGUAGUUAUAUCACCAACCAGGGAGUUGUCAUCACAAAUAUUUCAGGUCGCCCAACCUUUUAUUUCAACACUGCCUAAUAUUAAGCCAGUGCUUCUUCUUGGGGGAGCUGAAGUAAAAACGGACAUGAAGAAAAUUGAGGAGGAAGGGGCAAAUUUGUUGAUUGGCACACCUGGCAGACUUUUUGACAUAAUGGAACGCAUGGACAUGCUAGAUUUUCGGAACUUCGAGGUUUUAAUUUUAGAUGAAGCAGAUAGACUAUUAGAUAUGGGAUUCCAGAGGCAAAUACACUCCAUUAUAUCUCGGUUGCCAAAACUUCGCCGGACAGGUUUAUUUUCAGCUACUCAAACUGAGGCAGUUGAAGAGUUAUCAAAAGCCGGAUUAAGGAACCCGGUGAGGGUUGAAGUUAGAGCAGAAGCAAAAUCACUAAAUGAUUCCACAUCCACUGGCCAACUUGCCUCUUCAAGAACACCCGCAGGCCUUCAGGAUGAGUAUCUUGUAUGUGAAGCGGACAAGAAAUCAUCACAGCUUGCUGAUCUCCUAAUUAGGAACAAAUGUAAUAAAGUUAUAAUUUACUUUAUGACUUGUGCAUGUGUUGAUUACUGGGGAGUUGUUCUUCCACGUAUUUCUUCUCUGAAAAAGCUAUCUUUAAUACCUCUUCAUGGAAAGAUGAAGCAGGCUGUUAGGGAGAAAGCAUUAUCAACAUUUACAUCUCUUUCCAGUGGCAUUCUCUUAUGCACUGAUGUCGCGGCGCGCGGACUUGAUAUACCGGGUGUUGAUUGUAUAAUACAGUAUGACCCCCCUCAGGAUCCAGAUGUAUUUGUUCACAGAGUAGGCCGAACAGCUAGGCUGGGAAGGCAAGGGCAUGCCAGCAUAUUUCUGUCACCAAAGGAGGAAGCAUAUGUAGACUUCUUGCGGAUAAGAAGGAUUCCGCUUGAGGCAAGAGAGUGCUUCAAUGAGGCUCCUGAUAUUGUUUCUGAGAUUCGGCUAGCAGCAAAAAAAGACCGUGAUGUUAUGGAAAAGGGAAUCAGAGCAUUUGUGUCUUAUAUCCGUGCUUAUAAAGAGCAUCAUUGCUCAUAUAUUUUCAGGUGGAAAGAGCUUGAGAUUGGAAAAUUGGGCAUGGGAUAUGGCUUAUUGCAGCUUCCUUCUGUGCCGGAGGUGAAGCAUCACUCUCUUUCCACUGAGAGUUUUAUUCCAGUAAAAGAUAUAAACCUGGAGGAGAUAAAGUACAAGGACAAAUCUCGUGAGAAACAAAGAAAAAAGAACUUGGAGGCAAAAAAAGCCGUAAAGCAGCAAGAAAUGAGGAAGCCAAAGAGAGACUCAAGUUUGUCAAAAGCUGAGAUGAAGAAGCAAACAGCCAAGAAGAGGCGUGCUACUCAGACAUUAGAAGAUGAUGACGAGAUGGCUAAAGAAUACCGCCUACUGAAAAAGCUGAAGAAAGGUGCUAUUGAUGAAACUGAAUUUGCAAAGUUGACUGGAACUGAAGACUUGCUUUGAGACACAUCGCCCAAUCCUGCUGAUAUACAUUCAGAGAUGUCUGUUCUGUUCGCCUGGCAAUUGAUGUUCCUCUGUUAAGGCUAUUGUUUACUUUUAAAUAGUUUCAAAGUGUUCUACUGAGAGAUUUAGCUUUUGUAGCUGUAGUCAUAGAUGGCAUCCUUGUAGGUCUCUUCCCUCUUCUGAUAACAAAAUUAACCUCUGUAACAAAAUUUUGGUCUGAGAAAUGUAAAGAUUAGCACAAACUUUUG